AUGCAAAGGGAGACGUCCGCGGCAUCGCAUACACCGCCAGCGUCUCCUGGCGCCACGCGCCGAGCACGGGAUGACGACGUGUUCCUGCGACUCGCCGGGGCGGGAAACGACAGCACGCCUCAAGGGACCGUCAAAGAGAUUGCACUCAAGCGUGUAAGCGGCAGUGGGGGCAAUAACACGGGCGUGUGGCUGCAGUGCACGCACGUGGCCGAGGGACAUGCGGGGGCGGCGCUCGCACUCGCAGCAACCAAUGACAUGUUGUACAGUGGUGGAGUCGACCGCACAGUCCGUGGCUGGGACUUCACAGCGGGCACGGAGGCGUGGCGCGGAUGGUGCGGGGGCGGGGUCGGCGCUCUAGCGGCCGGUGACAAUGAUGGUCGCGAUGUCAGACUUGUGUUAGCUGCGGCCGGCGCCGCCGUCAGACUCUUUGACACCAGGUCUAGAACGCCCGUUACAACACUAUGGUCAUCUGGUGCAACGGGACCCUGCCCAACAACCCGCGGUAUCGGCGGUGAGGUGGCCGUUACGGCGUUAGCGCUUGCGGAAUCACAUCGACUGUAUACCGCUGCUGGGGACAAGCUCCGGUUGUGGGAUCUACGCAUGAUGGAGUGUGUGUGCAAGUUAUGGACGGGCCACGCUGCCGCCGUUAUGUGUCUGGCAUUGGGCCGAGCACCGCAAGGAGAUCUCGUCGCUACUGGCUCGAAAGACCACUAUGUUCGAACCCUAGAUAUGCAGCCUCAAGAUACAGGUGGCUGGGAAGCGAGUAACCGUUGGUUGCUAGAACCGCCGCACUAUGACGGUGUCCAAGCACUGGCACUCGGCGAUGAUGAUACAGUACUGUACAGUGCCUCCAGGGAUACCAGUUUGAAAAAAUGGAGCCUCACCGAUCACACUCUCACACACGGAGUGAUGAACGCUCACAAGGGCUGGGUGACGGGCGUGUGCGUGGUGGGCGAGCUGGUGGCGAGCUGCGGGCGCGACGCGGCGCUGCGCGUGUGGAGCGGCGCGCUGCGGCCCGCCGCCGUGCCCGCCGCGCUGCCCGACCUGCCGCACGCCCUGCGCGCGCACCCGCACCCACACCUGCGCGCGCUCUACACCGCCGGCAAGUAUGUACCCACCUCACUCAAACUUUUAGCAUUCACUUUGACUAUGCGACGGGCGUAUACGGUGUUUCCGACUGCGCAAAACAAGAUGACCCACGGGGCCGUGCUCCGCUCCGAGCACGCCGCCCUCGCGCCGCCCCCGCACCCCCGCGACCCCCACGACCCCCGCCACGCCCACGCGCCGCGCCUGGCGGUGACUGCGGCAACAUCUAUCUGCCGCGGCAUUGACGGUGUUUGA